GGACAGCCCCGCCGCCGCAACAUCCCGAGUCGCUCGUCAGAUCCUCCAGCAACACAGCACCUUCGCCGCCGCCGCCAUGGGUAAGGUUCACGGAUCGCUGGCCCGCGCUGGGAAGGUGCGCGGGCAGACGCCCAAGGUUGCAAAGCAGGACAAGAAGAAGAAGCCCCGCGGCCGCGCUCACAAGCGCAUGCAAUACAACCGCCGCUUCGUCACCGCCGUUGUUGGAUUCGGCAAGAAGCGCGGCCCCAACUCAUCGGAGAAGUAGAUCUAGCUAUGGCUUUGUGUUUUAUUCCCCACUAGUUUCCUCACUGAUGGCAACUUGCUGAAGACUUAUGCUAUUAUCUGUAUCGAUGUUACUGCAAUACUGUUAAGUAGGAUAUAUGCAUCGUUUAGUUGAUCAAGUUGCCUGUGGUGGUGAUCCUUUUAGUUUGUCUGGAAUGUUGGAAACAUGUUUGUGUCGUGCUGUGUUCGUUUUGUUUUGAAACUGGUAACAUGAUUGAGUCUAAA